AUGGCAAUUAGACAUGGAACAAUACUCAGUAGUUGUGAUAUCAGUUCACUGGUGGAAAUAACCUCAAGAAAGACCAUCAAACCAUCAUCUCCAACUCCUCCUCACAAUAGAAUUCUUAAACUCUCUCUUCUGGACCAAAUUAUGCCUCCUACUUUAUAUGGAACUAUCCUAUGGUUCUUCCCAAACCACAAUGCUUCUGAUUUUGCUUCCAAAACUUCGGAGAGUACUACAACAAAAUCUAAGCGCUUGCAGGAUUCUUUAUCCAAAGCUUUAGUUCAAUUCUAUCCAAUGGCUGGCCGAGUCAAAAGCCCCGCGUUCAUUGAGUGCAACGAUGAAGGGGCUCAUUUUCUUGAAGCCCGAGUUAACUGCCAGCUUUUGGACCUUCUCAUGCAACCCAAUCCCGAGUUACUCAACCAUUUAAUGGCCCAAAAUGAUCCUAGAACAGCCAACGAAGCUUUGGGAUCUACACUUUUGCUUGUUCAAAUCAGUGUUUUCAACUGUGGAGGAAUUGUUGUUUCUGUGUCCGCUUCACACAAGAUUGCAGAUGCAGCAUCACUUGUCACGUUUGUGCGAGCAUGGGCAGCGAUAAAUCGUGAUAGAGUCCUCGAACUGCAAUUGGGGACACCGGAGUUUACUGGAGGGUCUUUAUUGCCGCCUAGAGAGCUAUCCUUGCCGUCCAGCAUGGUAAAUUUGGAAAUCCCAAUUCAAAGUUUAGUUACAAGAAGGUUUGUAUUCAAUCUCUCGAAGAUGGUCAGUCUCAAGGAAAAAAUUGGAAGUGUCCAAGCCUUCAUCCCAUCAAACGGCCAUCUUGUUUUGGCUAUCAUUUUGAAAUGUUCUAUUGCUGCUUCCCGUCAGUGCAAGCCCGAGAGUUCAAUCAAGCCAACGGUGCUGUCCCAAAUGGUGAGCUUCCGCAAAAGCAUCGUCCCGGAGAUAUCAGAAAAUGUCAUGGGGAAUUGGUUUUGGCCAAUGCAAGUGUUGUUCAAAGAAAAUGAGAUUGAAUUACCCGAUUUGGUGAGCAAAAUGAGGCAAGGAUUGACAGAAUUUCGCAAUGAGAAGGCCAGCAGAUUUAAGGGUGAGGAUGGAUUGUUGGUGGUAUCUGAGUCUCUUAGAGAGAGGAAUGAUAUUAACAGCGUAAAUGUUUAUAGAACCUCAAGUUUGUGCAAACUUCCUCUGUAUGAAAUGGAUUUUGGAUGGGGGAAACCUGCGUGGGUCACCAGCCUAACUGUCUUCAAGAACAUAAUUUUGUUGGUUGACACAAAAGAGCAAGAUGGUAUCGAAGCUUGGGUGACCCUUGAUGAACAAGAAAUGGCCAUAUUUGAGUCUGAUCAGGAGCUUCUUGCAUUUUGCUCCGUCAACCCCAGCAUUUGCCAUUCAGGGUUGGUCCUGGGUAUUCCAAGGCCCAUGGCGAAGAUCUAA